AUGAAAGCAACCAUUGGGAUAUGCAUGGUAGGACUGCUGUGCACCGUAGGAUACAUAACUAUGACCCACAGGGCACAGACAAGCAGGAUACUCCUCGAAGUAGCAUCGGAUCUGAACGCAGUAAAAGCAAAAAUAAGCCAUCUUUUGAAAAGCGGGAAAGUAAAGAGCGAGAAAGUGGAGAAGGCUCUGGCUGGGGACCUGAAGAACAUCGAAAGAAAGAUGGAGAAGAUAAAAGACAGCACAAACCUAAAACAAGAAAUAGACGAAAAAACAGAAGUGUCUGCAGAGCCGCAAAAGACCCCCAAGGCGCUUCCAGCAUCUUCCAUCUUGGAGAGCACAAAAAGCAAAACAGGCCCAGGGUCUAUUGCAGAUACAGCCCUGCUCUCAAACAGCAUCGUAGAUCACAUCAUAGAGAGCUACCUGAAAGGAGCUCUUCCAAUGGAAACAAUCACCAAGGCAAUCAUUGAAAGGCCCGAGCUGCUUUCUCUUGUCCCAAAGCUCCUUGGAACAGAAAAAGUGAAGAAAGAAGAGCCAACUGUCGUAAGAGCAUCCGAGAUACCGACCACACUCAUGAAGAAUAUCAUAGAAGAGCAGCAAGAGAGCAUCAUGGGCGCAAGGUACACACCAUCUCCUAGGAGUAGACUAAACUCAUUCAUGCGCCUCAAGGCGUUUGCUGCACAGCCCAGUCCACAGACUCACUAUAUGAACUACGCUCCCGUGCGAACAGAAACAGAAGAGAAGAAGAGAGAGGAUGCAGGAGCACAGAAAAUGCACGAGUACAUGCACACACCAGUCAGUGCAACACUCGGAGACUUUGGAGGCAUGGGAUACUACAUGCCCAAUGCAGUAAGAGAUAGCCUCAUUUCAAAAAAACAAGAAAUCGAAGCGCAUGAAGAGGAAAGAGCAGCCCUGAAGGAGCACGAGAACCUAUUCACAAGAGCAGCAAAGAAGAGUGGAGCAGCAGGGAUACUUGGCAGAGCAAUAAACAGCGCAGAGAACACGAUACACAAGGCACUUCUUAACGGAGAGAUAUCCACACGAGAGUUUUUAUCCGAGAAAAUAAAGCCAUUUAUGGCAUCGCAUGAAAAAAGCCAGGAAAAAGUCAGCCAGCUCAAGGGAGUGAGCAAAGAAGAGGGCGCAGAAAAGAGCAUGAUGCAGAGAAUGAAAAUGCUCCAAGAAAAAAAAGACAGCUCAUCUGAGAAGACACUUGGCGCUCUGGUGAUUGCACAGAAGCUCACCCCGUCAAAGCUAAGAGAUCUGGUGAGAGAGCAAGAAAAGAAGGCGGAAGAACAGAACGCGCUAAGACUUGAAGAAGAGACUAGAAUGAAGAUGGCACAGAUUAAUGAACAAAUGGCUCUCAAGAAAGAAGAGGUUGAAGCAGAAGCACAGGAGAAGGAAGAGAAGGCAGAAGAAGAGCUUGCAAGUGGCGCAGAGCACCUUCAGAAAAUAAAAGAAGAGAAAAAAGCAGGCAUGGAAAAGCUAAAAAAAGAAGAAGUAUCCAAACUAUCAGCUGAGCUAUCAGAAAAAACAAAAGAUAAGAUAUCCCUAAGUGAUUUAGUAAAAGAAACAGAGGACGAAUAA